AUGGUAGGAGAGAGUGAUGCUCAUGGAGAGCUAUUUAAGAAGGUGGCGCAGAGCAAACCACCGACCUAUCAAGGAGAGCCUGAUCCAACUAUACUAGAAAACUGGUUGAGGGAGUUUGAGAAACUGUUUGGGGCAGUAGGGUGUCCAGAGAACUCGAAAGUAGGUUGUGCUACCUAUUACCUUAGGGGUGAAGCUGACCUUUGGUGGCAGCAAAAUGAAGCUAAAUUAAGGGGAUUACCUGGAUUUGACUGGACUAUGUUUCAAGAGAAGGUUAGGGACAAGUUUUACCCUAGCUUCUUACAGAAACAAAAAGCUGAGGAAUUUUCUAAUCUUGCAAUGGGGAAUAUGUCGGUCUCGGAAUACUACACCAAGUUUAUAGAGCUGUCACGAUUUGCUAAGGAGUCUGUCGCUACAGAAAAGUCUAAGCUGUGUGGGAAAGUAUUUGAAACCUUGAAUGAGGUGUAUGGGAGAGCUGCACAUCUUUAUGUGUUGGAGCUGAAGAAAAAGAAAGAGCUAGCUGAGAUAGAAGGGAAAGAAAAGAGAAAAGAGGUGGGAAAAAAUUCUAGAAACCCGCAAGGUAACCAAAAUAACUUUAAGAAGAAAAAGUACCACCAUAACAACAACUUCAGCAACAACAAUAAUUUCCAAGGCAACAAUCGUCACGGAGGACGAAACUUUAAUGGUGGAGCUAAGAACUCUAAUCAGGGAAGUAAUAAGGAUGGAAGGCACUAUUUUUGCAAAAGGUGCAAGAAUAACCACCCUGGUAGGGAUUGUGAUGGAAAUUUGGUUACCUGUCAUGCUUGCAACAAGUUAGGACACAGGGAGUAUGAAUGUUUCUCCAAGGAUCCCAAUCAAAACAAGCAGGGAAAUAAUCAAGGAGGGGCUCAAAGGAACUUUCAGGGACAUAACAACUAUUCUGGGAACAAGGGGGCACAGCAGAAUGCGGUGAAAACAAACAAUAAUAAUGGAAAUAACCAAUAG